AUGGAAGAUCUUCGUGUCACCGGUUACAACGCAUUGCUCACUCCUGCUUACCUUCAAGAAGAGCUCCCAGCCAGCAAAAAGUCAGAAGAGACCGUGCACAGUGCACGUCAAGAGGCUGCCAAGAUUCUUCGUGGUGAAGAUGAUCGUUUGAUUAUCAUUGUGGGUCCUUGCUCUAUUCACGACGUUGAUGCUGCCAAGGAUUACUGCAAUCGUUUACUUGCUGUCAAGGAGCGUCUUUCAGGUGAAUUGUUGAUCAUUAUGCGCUCGUACUUUGAAAAGCCUCGUACCACUGUUGGCUGGAAAGGCUUGAUCAAUGACCCCGAUAUCAACAAUGGCUACAACAUCAACAAGGGUCUUCGCGUGGGUCGUAAGCUUUUGUGCGAGUUGACUGACAAGGGCAUGCCUGUGGCUGUUGAAUUGUUGGACACUAUCUCUCCUCAAUACUUGUCUGAUCUCAUUUCGUGGGGUGCCAUUGGUGCACGUACCACUGAAUCGCAAUUGCAUCGUGAGUUGGCAUCGGGUUCCUCGUUCCCAGUGGGUUUCAAGAACGGCACUGAUGGCAACGUGCGUAUUGCUAUUGAUGCUAUCGGCUCUUCCUCUGCACCUCAUCACUUUUUGGGUGUCACCAAAUCCGGCACUGUCAGCAUCACUCACACUACCGGUAACCCUGAUUGCCAUGUCAUUUUGCGUGGUGCCAACUCGGGUCCCAACUACAGCGCCGAACACGUGUCUCAAGCUGUAGCUGCAUUGGAAAAGGCUGGCGUUAGCAAGAGCAUCAUGGUCGAUUGUUCCCAUGGCAACUCCUCCAAGGAUCAUCGCAACCAACCCAAGGUGGCACAUGAUCUCGCUCAACAAAUUGCUGCUGGUAACAAGUCCUUGGUGGGCUUGAUGAUCGAAUCCCAUAUCAACGAAGGCAAGCAAUCUGUACCCGCUGAAGGUCCUGCUGCAUUGAAAUACGGCGUUUCCAUUACCGAUGCUUGUGUCGAUUUCGAUACUACCGUAAAGAUGCUCGAUGAAUUGGCUGAUGCUGUCAAAGCACGUCGUUCCGCUGGUGCUCAGUAA